UUGACAGCGUUUUUCAACCAGUUCAAACAGUGUGGGUAUCAUAACACCAUUUUACAAAACACAUAAUGCAAUAGCCACAAAACUAGUCAAACUACGAUGAGUCCGUGUACUGGCAUUACAGCAUCUAACUAGCAGUUAGACGCAGCCAGCUUCUUCGGCAACGAUGUGGACGACGGUACUAACAAAUCCUCAGUUCAGUUUAGAGCCCAUUGAACUUCGUAUGCUGAAGCGGCAACUGGCUACCGUCACCUGUAAAUGUGACACAUGCUGUUACAACUUCAAACCUUUGUAUGAAAAAGUGGCUCACCUAAACACCAAGCGGGAUAGAGAAGUACAAGCUGAAAGAUGUCAGGUUGUAACACCGAGACUAAAGGGUUUAGAUAAGACCUUUAAAGACGAUGGAGUCUGUCCCACCUGCUGCAUGACCCUGCACAUCCUGCGCGGUGGUAUGAUCAAAGUGUUCAAAGAUGAGGAAUCCGAGACGAACAAGUUAAUGUUCUGCUCCGAUAAAGCUACGGGGAAAAGGGUCAAGUGUGUGGAAAAAACCACCUCGGUCACUUUCAAACCUAGUGAGCAAUUUUCCAACUUGACUCUAUGUGAUUACAUAAGUGAGAACUCGAGUACGGCCGCAGUCACUACAAGUGCUACGAAUACACCUCCAGUGGCAUCCGCUCGGAAACGCUGUCAUAAAGAAAAAGUGAAGUUCCUUGAUACACCAUCACAAAUAUACAAAGCCGCCAACAAGCCGUUCUCAGAAUUUAGCUGUACAUGCAUAGAGAGCUUUAUUGAUUCCAUCAGGCCACCCAUGGACAUGUGAAUUGGAAUAUUUCGUACAAACUGUUUCGUUAGCAUGUGUAGAUGUAUCUAAUGCCAAUACACUGAUUCAUUAUUGAUGUGCUUUAAGGUCUUUCGAAAGAAACUGUACCUGAAGGUUUCCUGACCUUAAAAUGUAACUUGACUGAAUGAUUGUCAAUGUGCAUACAUGCUAAACCAAGCAAUGGCUUGCAAUGAUAGGAAAUUUUGAAAAAUUACUUAUUAUUUAGCUUUAGUAUGUAUUCACCUCUAUUUUUAUUGAAUUCAAAAUAAGUAAAAUAAACGAAUCUGCAUAAAAAAUCUGUAGUAUUA